AUGGCGACUGAGCGUGUUGUUUCUCACUACAACAGAGUAAAAACAGAAGACAGAGCUUGUCUAAAACAGACAACAAUAAACAAUGUUUUACAAAUUUCACUGAAUGGGAAAGGAACUGUUCUGUUUGACCCAAGGGAGGCAGUAGCAGAAUUUCUAAAACGAAAAAGCAGAAGAAAUUCCCAACCUGACACAGAACUUUUUAAGGAUAGAGAGUAUAUGAGAAAAUUUUAUAGGGAAUCAAGUGGAUGUUUGUAAAUUACUUCUGUGUAGUCACUUUAGUGGAGAGUUCCAGAGUGGAACUGGAAGCCCAGAACACUUUCAACACUGCAUUUCAUUUACAAUCAUUUCAGUAUUUUUUGCAUUUUUAGUCAGAUCAAUUGUAUCUGUUGGUGCGGCGAACUCAGAACUGGAGUUUGUCACCCAUGCCCUUGAUGGCAUGAUACCCCACAGUACGCCAGUACCGAAGUUAGCGGAGUACCCCUCUGUAGUGUAG